GUUUGGCCAUUGUAGUAAAGAAUUGGGACAAAACCAGCGUAGAAACCGAGACCCUCGCCGAGCUCCAAUCUGCUCCACCACCAUGCAUGUGACCCUUCUGAAGGUCUGAAACCAAAGCCUCUUCCGCUCCUCUGUACCUCUCACUUUCUCCUCUGCAACUUUUAAUUUGGGGUUCUAUUUUUUGGGUUUUUUUGGAAGGCACCAGAACUUGACCAAACCCAUUGUUGUGGAUUAAAGUAGAAGCGAAAACGAAAUUCAUCAAAAUUUUUAUGGUUUUUUUAUUUGUUGAAGUGGAAAACCGAACUGCCAACAACCCAUAUUUUCAAUCUCUGUUUCUUUGUCCGCACUUCAUCUUGAACCAAAUAACGAAAGAUCCAUCUCAACUGCUGAACCCAUAAUCUGGUAGUGAUCUUUGUGCGUGUUGUUGUUUGGGUAUUGGUUUAAAUGAGAUGGCGGACUUUAGCAGACCCUCCAGGAAUAGAGGGUUCUAUGUAAGGAUGAGGCUCUUGCAUAAGCAAGGGAGGCAGGAGAAGAGCUACUGCUUCAGGUACUUCAGAUGGGUUCUCUGGUUGUCUCUGUCUCUCUAUUUCUUCAGCUCUUACCUCAUCACCAACCACCCCAGGAAGCUCACCUCUAUUCCUAAAGUCACCGUCUCUAACUCUAAAGCCUCUCGUGCUUUGUUUGAAACCGUUAACACGACUAUUCAACAACAACCCAGAGACCACCAAGAUUUGUUCAAGGAUUUGAAGGUAUAUAUCUAUGAUUUGCCGUCGAAAUACAACGUUGACUGGUUAUCAAACGAGCGAUGCAGCAAUCACCUCUUCGCUUCGGAGGUCGCCUUACACAAAGCUCUGCUGGAGAGCGACGUACGGACUUUUGACCCAUGGGAAGCUGAUUUCUUCUUCGUCCCCGUCUACGUGUCCUGCAACUUCAGCACCGUUAAUGGCUUCCCCGCCAUCGGACAUGCACGCCCUCUUUUGUUAUCCGCGAUUCAACAUAUCUCCACCCAGUUGCCAUUCUGGAAUAGGAGUCUCGGCGCUGACCACGUCUUUGUCGCCUCUCACGAUUACGGAGCUUGCUUUCACGCCAUGGAGGACGUAGCCAGGGCAGAUGGGAUACCAGAGUUCUUGAAGAAAUCUAUCAUACUGCAGACCUUUGGCGUCAAACACCAACACCCGUGUCAAGACGUCGAGAAUGUGUUGAUACCCCCAUACGUGUCUCCGGAAAAAGUACAGUCAACCCUCGAUUCAGCUCCGGCGAACGGCCAGAGAGACAUAUGGGUUUUCUUUAGAGGCAAAAUGGAAGUCCAUCCCAAGAACAUUAGCGGACGAUUUUACAGCAAGGCUGUGAGAACGGCGAUAUGGCAAAAGUACGGCGGGAACCGGAAAUUUUACCUGAAAAGGCACCGAUUUGCCGGUUACCAGUCAGAAAUCGUACGGUCUGUCUUCUGUUUAUGCCCACUUGGGUGGGCGCCGUGGAGCCCUAGACUAGUAGAAUCGGUGGUUUUGGGAUGCGUGCCGGUCAUAAUAGCCGAUGGCAUCCGGUUGCCCUUCUCCGAGGCCAUACGCUGGCCGGCAAUAUCCCUCACGGUGGCUGAAAAGGACGUGGGAAAGUUGGGAAUGAUUCUGGAGGACGUGGCAGCCACCAAUCUCUCAACUAUUCAAAAGAAUUUGUGGGACCCAGAGAACAAGCGGGCCCUACUUUUCAACAAUCAAGUGCAAGAAGGGGACGCCACGUGGCAGGUUCUUAAUGCUCUAUCGCAUAAGCUAGACAGAUCACACAGGAGGUCAAGACAAUCUUCGAAUGGGCAUGCGACACGUGACGUCUCAUGACCGGAUUAUGGCGAUGCCAGCUAUAGAAUGCCUUUUUCACGACGUGGAUGCGGAUGCAUGGGAUUAGUGGAGGCCAGCUAGACUCUAUUGGACAGAAGGUAGAAUAUUGUAGUGAAGCACGGGGGCCCACCGCCGCAGAGAGAUAUAAGAUUGGAUUGUGUUCGCAUGUGAAGAUUUGCUGACAUGGCGAACCCUGAUUGGAUGUUUCUGGAGCUUCUGCACGACACUAUUGACCUUGAGGAGUAAAAUGUUGGAGGAAAAAAACAAAUUAAGAAUAAGAUUGGUGGGGGGACCCCCUCAUGUUGAAGCCCAGUAAAUAAAUAAAAUUCCACAAACAAUAACUUAUUUCAGAUAUUUUGAUGAGAGAGCGGAUUCUACGUUGUUGGAAAUUGGAAUGACACAUUGACACU